UUGAACGAGUUUCUCAACGCCUUGGCCGAUUGCGGCAGAGCGUUGGCGUUAAAUCCUUGGAACAUCAAGGCGCUGAGCAGACGCGCGACGUUGCACGAGAGCAUUCGAUGCUGGGACGAUGCGAUCCGAGACUUGCGUUCGUACGUCGAAAUCGCCGGAAACGCGCAAUAUGACUUAUUCGCCACGGCUCAGGAGCGCAAAAACGCUCUGGCGAUGGCGACGGAUCGCCUUCGAAGGCUCGAAACGACCAAAACCACGCAGGCGAACUCGCAGGUUGACAUGUAUCGAAUCCUCGGUUUGGAUGAGCUGAAAGACAAGGCGACGCAAACGGAUAUUAAGAAGGCGUAUCGCGCGUUGGCGCUGAAGUAUCACCCAGACAAGGCGAAUCGGAACAUGCCGUCGUGGGCUCCGGCGUCUGAACUUCACGACGACGCCGACCGUCUCUUCAAGCUCAUCGGCGAAACCAACGCGCAGUUGAGCGAC